ACGAGCAACUCCCUUUCGCGUCGACUGCUCCGCUCUCAGUGCAAAACUGAAAUUGUGUUUUGUAAAAAACAUAAAUAAAUAAAAAAAACAAUGUGUCAGUUCUUAGGUCGUCGGGACUGCAUGGAAAGCCUCCAAAAAGAUGUCGCCGACCUUCAGUGCGCAAUUGCGGACGUCUUUACCACAACUGGCCCGGUGCGUGUUUUCUCGUGGAAAUUCCCGGACAAACUCUCCUGUAAUCUGGAUUUGGAUCUGGAGCAGUACAGUUUUAUGGAUGAAGAGGAUGAAUUUAAUCAGCACGCUCACCUUGUUUUACUUGAGUUAGUGAUAGAUAGACUACUACUUCUUCUACAAGCGUCCAAUGCGUAUGUUGUCAAACUGAGCAGCAGCAACAGGAAUCAACGAGCCCAUCAAAAAGAAUUCAUGUCAAUAGGACUUGUUGCGAAGGACUAUUGGCGCCAUUUACUACAAUUUGCAAACAUGAAGACAUUGGAGUGCAAUGAAAAGCCAAAAACUGAGAUGUCAACUGGUGAUGAGAGUGUAGCGACGACGUGUGCCCAUGACGUUUCUCCUCUGAGCUUCAGGUAUUCGCCAGAUGAUGAUGAUGAUGAUGAUGAUGAUACACCCCUCAGUGCCACUCCCAGCUCACCAAGUUCUCUCAAAGUUGGCACACACGCCGUAAGCUGUCAAACAGACGAAUCCCCUGCCGCGCCUUGCAACGCUUGUCAUGAAGCCCAAUCCUCGAUAAGAAAGACUGGCAAUGUUCUGGUAGAACUUCUCCAGGGUGAAGGUUUGCCCUCUUCUUUGCACCCGCUACUAGUCGCCACGCAGGACACUGUAGGACCAAUGACACCAGUUGAUGUUAAGGAGUGGGCCAGUGAGCAGCUCAGAGACAUGCGCCGACUGACCAAACAUGUACAAGAUGUGCGCCGUACAUUCGAGCCUCUUACAAAUAAACUGGCAGCGUUGGAAGCAGAUCGGGAGAAAUUAAGGGGCGACAUGGAACUUGCGCAGACAAAACUCAAGGAAGACGUGGAAAAACAGAAAUCCGUAAUUCUUCAGUUGGAGGAAGCACAGGCGACCGUGAAAGGAAGCGAACAGAGGCUGUCAGAUGAGUACCAGAAACUCAAGAGAGAAUAUGAAUCCCUCAAGAAGAGUUAUUCUGAUCUGACAGAAGAAGCAGCAAUACAGCAAGAUAGACUGCAAGAUCUUGCCGGGAUUGCCUCCAGCACUCCCGUGACCCUACUGAGGAUAAGCGGCAAAGAAAAUGGAUGGUUGGAUGGAUGUCUGAGAGGCUCGCCAAAAAAGCGUCAACGGAAUUCUUUGCAAGAGAAACUCAAAACACUGCGCAUAAAGGAAGAGACUUGCUGUGAACUACAAGAGAGAAUCCAUCAGUUUGAAAGUCAACUCUGUGAGGCUGAACUACUUCUGGAGAAGGAGAAGGCAAAGUACCACAGCGCGUGUCGCCACCACGAGACGCUCCAAACGAAGCAAAAGUCUUUUCUGCAGCGAGUGGAGGCUCUCGAUGAAGAGUGCGAGGAGCUGCAGAAAGAGCUGGGACGGAAAGAGGAACGGGAGCUUCACCUCCGCAAUCAGCUGCAGCAGAUGUCAGAGGAUAAUCAACAACUGCGAACGCAGCUCACUUCACAGCAGGACCGUUGUUCCCAGCUGCAAACUGAAAAGCAGACGCUAGAAACACAACUGGACAAUUUCAAGGGCAGCGUGGCCGAGCUCGAGGAGAGUGUGAAAUCUUUCGAAGAGAACGAGAGGUUGCUGGUGGCUUUCCCGGAACUCAGCCCCCUGGCUCACGCCCAACCGCAGAGUACGGGCGAUGUGCUGUUGGAUAUGGAGCAGCAGUUGCAGGCGAACUGCAUUCGCAUUGGAGUGCUCCAGAAGGAGAAUGCGACCCUCCACGCCACUCUCGAAAAAUUGAGGGAGACAACGCAACAAAACGAUGUCAAGGACACAACUCAUCAACAGGAAAGCUCACCUCUGCAAAUGUGUAGCUUCUUUCCAGCCAGCCCACCUGUGGACCAACUGGACUGCCGAACGCCGAUGCAAAGGAGACCUUGUAACAGGCAGACCAGCAGGGCAGCGUGGUCGGGAUACAAUGACAGAUGUGAAAAAGAAAUCGGAGUCGAACGUGUUUGGUUGUCAAAUAGCGGCGCGGAUCAUGUGUCACCCGCUCGUGUGACCUCCUCAACACCUCAGAGUAUUUCCCUUCAAACCCUUCACUUCAACAUCACAUCCGCUGCUGCUCGAACCCAGACACGGAACACGCACAAAACCUCCAACUUUCCUCAAAGCAGGAGCUUAAAACUGAGGAAAAAAUGAAUCGUGGACUUUGGAGCCCUGUUUGAAUCAAGCUCAUAAUUAAUUUGGUAAAGAGUUUUUCAUGAUUCGCCUUAACUUUGCUCUAAAAUGCAGAGUGGCCCAUGAGCAAGGCAGCAAGCCCUCUGUCAUCAUCAUCAUCAUCUCUGGGGUUUGAGUAUGAAUUAGCACAAACAUCCAUUCAGUAGGAUUUUUAAAGUCCUCAUCUUUUUGUGUGAGUCAUUUUUAAACAUAAAUUGUGGCACUGUGGUGGUGUAACAGUUUGGGUGCGAGUUUGUUGUUUAUAUGU